CAAUUUUUUUUUUAAACAAUCAUCAGACAGAUGUCAACAAAGAUGGCGGACUUAGAAUAGCAGUUUCAUUGCGUACAAAUCAAUUUUCAAAGAUUAAAGGAACUAUUGAAUCAUGGCUUCCACAUCUAAUAUAUCUAUAAACUCCGAAAAUAAUGCUGUGCUCAUUGAUCAAUUUUGCUCGGUAACUGGAGCGGAUAAAGAUAAAGCAAUGAAAAUGUUGGAAGUAUGCAACUGGAAUCUUGAAAUGGCCAUCAAUAUGCAUGUAGACUCCUGCCCCGAGAAUCCUCAGAAUAGUACCAGUAAUGGAACGGAUGAAGAUAACAUCAGAGAUCCGAUACCCCAAUCCAGAGCUGUGCUUAUGGAAGAGGAUAUGAAUUUCCAUUACGGUCUUAGAAGAACCAAACGAAAACCACACGCAGUGUUUGAUGGAUUACGAGAUUUCCAAGCUGAAGCCCAAUUGCAAGGUCAGAAUGGACAAAAUGAAAGUAGUAUGUCGAAAAAAAGACGGACUUUAGAAGACCUUUUUCGACCACCUUUAGAUAUAAUGUACAGAGGUAGUUUUGAAUCCGCAAGGGAUUUUGGACAAGUGUCAAACAAAUGGCUUUUGGUAAAUCUUCAAAACGCCCAAGAGUUUUCAUGCCAGAUCCUAAAUCGUGAUGUCUGGAGCAAUAAAACUGUAAAGUCUCUAAUAAAGGAAAACUUCGUUUUCUGGCAAAUUUAUCUGGACAGCAGUGAUGGACAAAGAUAUACACAGUUUUAUAAAGCUUUCAAAUUCCCUCAUAUUUCUGUUUUAGAUCCACAAACUGGGGAAAAACUUGUAGAAUGGAAUGAAGUUACUUCUACCAGUAUAAUAGAAUUAAUCACACUGUUUUUACGUGAGCACUGUGCACCAGAUGGAUCAAGAGUUACAGUAGAUCAAAAAAGACGUUUCAGUGUGAUUGAUCAAAGCGAAGAAGAGCAACUAAAAGCUGCUUUAGCAGCCUCACUUAAAGAUGUAAAGCCGAGCACAAUCGUUAUAGAUGAUGACAGUGACAUCGAAACAUUUGAUUCAGAUUCAGAGAGUACUAAUGACAAAGUGUCUAUAGUGAAUCUUAAUUCAAAUGAAAAUUCCAAUGAUGUGAUAGAUGUUGUUGGACUCCCUGAAAGCCUAAAUCAGGAAAGUUCUCUACCUGCCAAAUCCUGGAAAGAUUUCUUGGGAAGCAAAGAUGAUCAAGUGUCCGAUUUAGUACUUAGGCUUCCAGAUGGGAAAAAAGAGCAAGUUUCAUGGCCAUGUACAUCAAAAUUAGAAUGCCUUUUGCUUUAUGUUGAAGAAAUCGGUUAUGCUUUGGAAAAUUAUGAACUUGUUACCAAUUAUCCACGCCGUAACAUUUGCCAAUUAGAUAAAUGUAAAUCUCUCCAAGAUGUUGAUUUGUUUCCCCGAGAAAUGAUUUUUGUGCAGUUAAAAAAUCAUGAUUCUUAAUGACAGUUUAAUUUUUACUUACAAUUUUGUUUAAUAAUAAAAUUUGAGAAGCAUGUAUAAUAUCUAAA